UGACUGAGCCACCUGGGCGCCCUCAUGGAGACUUUUCUAAAUCUCAUCUUCAGAAGAUGGGCAUGCCAGCCAGUCAGCCUCCCCCUGGGGUCUCAGCCCCCCAGGGCCUCCCCAAGGCCCGGACCCCGCUGUGCUCAGUGUGGCCUCUGGGCUCCCCGUUGUGUGCACUAGAUGCUUCUGGCACUGUGUUUGGGGUCUUGGGGUCCUGGUCAGCCUGCCGCCCACUCCUGGGCCUGGGGUGGGGCCUGCUGAGGGCCUGUCUGGCCAGUUUUCUCCCUGCUGGCCUUUGGACGUGUGACCCACAUGCAUGGAUAUGUGGCUCGAGCGUGAGGGCAGUGGAGCCAAUGUUUCUGGUGCCCGGGGGUCUCUACACCCUCGUUGACCCAACAGACGUUCUACUGGCCUCUGUUCAGGUGGCACUGGGGAAUCACGUAGUCCAAGGCCUGGCUCCGGGGGCGGCUGGCUUGAGGUCACCCUUCUGUCUCGAACAGCACAGUUUGGUGUGUGAACCACCUUCUCUGCCCUGCUGAUGCUGGCGUCCGUGAGGAGGAGGCUUUGGAAAGCUGGUGGAGAGAGCGGGAGUGGGGUCAGGGUCCUGCACUGAACCAGGAAGUCUCAGCGUCAGUCCUGUGUCCUCUGCAGCCUCGGAGCCGCAGGCCGGGCAGUGGCCCCAGGAGGAGAAGCUUCUGCCCGGCCUCCCAGGGAAAGACUGGGAGAGCCCUCCUGACAGCCGUCCUCACUCUGCACGAGAGCACUGGUUAGACUGGGACGAGGCCACGCCUCCUCCUCGUCCCCAUGGCCCGGCCUGCUGGCUGCAGAGUGUCUGUCCCAGGGAGAGGCAGAACCCCUCCUCAGAUACCUGCCGGCCCGCUGGGCCUGGCCCGUCACUGUGGUUCCUCCCCUGAGGGACAGUCCCGGGCCCGGUCAGCCCUUCCAGUGCCAUGCCAGGGUGCAGGUGUGUUCUGGAAUGUUUUCUGGCAGCUGCUCCGAGCAUUUGGAAUGCGCUGUAGCUGUUCAGCUUCCUCGCAGAGAAGGAUCGGCGGGGAGCGGGGCCACCUCUGCGGGUCACUGAGUUAUGUGUCCCGUCCGGAGGCGCGCUGCCCAACGACUGUCCUUGGGAGCCUCAGAGCAGCAGGCCUUGGGGUCCUUGGGUGACAGCAGGCCUUGGGGUCCUUAGUCUGUGAAGGGCUCAGCUUGGCCUCGCGUCUGUGACGAGUCAGACAAGCCGGGAAGGCCAGCGUGACCCUCGAGGCUGGUGCUGCUUACCGGCCUUCUGCCUGUUCAUGGCCUCUGUCCCGUGUGUGAUGUGCCAAGCUCCCCGCACUUGGCGACACUGUACCUCUCCUAAGUCACUGGGAAGUGACAGGCACCAACUGGCUACAUGUUUCCUGCUCUCUGAGUCUCCUCGGAAAGGGAAGCUGGGCUGGGCUGUCGCGCACACCCCUUUCUGGCCGCUCCUGGGAGAUGGGAACUUCCUAGAGGGUGGGGGGACGUGGGUUUCCUGGGGCCACGGUCGGUCCUGGGAGGGGCCUUGCCUUCGUCUCUCAGCUGCUCAGGGCAGUUCUGCUGUCAGGGCGGAGGGACAGGCAUCUCUUGUCUGCUGCAGGACACGCUGUUCUCAAGCCCGGCUCCUUGAUCGUCUACCUCGAGGGGGGCAGGCCUGAGACCUCUUGUCCCUUCGCCCCCCAAAGUGCCCCACUAGAAAGGAUUCUCUGAGUUUCCCUCUGGAAUCACAGUGGGUGAACCUAAAGCCCUUAGCCAGGUCCCUCUGGCGUGGGCUGCAGAAGCGUGGAGACCUGUGGGCACUGGGCGCCCCCCCCCCCCCCCCCGCCCGGGCUUUCCCAGCCUCCCUGGCUUCCCGGCUUCCCCCGACCUGGGCGCACGCGCGGCCUCGGUCACGGGCACCCCUCCCCCACAGCUACAUGCAGGGGACCACCGCUCACGGGGACAGGUCUCCUUCGUUAUUUCUAGUGAAAAAAACCAACUGCCUGUGUCUUUCUCUCCUUUUUACUCUUUUCUCUGUGGUUUCCGUUAGUUGAGUAGACCCGAGAAAAGCAUGGGACCGGAAUCUUAAAAUGCCCUCCCUACACCCCUGAAAUGCCAGACCAGCAGCGCUGCACGCCUACGGGAAGGCGGGGAAGAUGGUGGUGGAGACCAGCAUGAUCGGGCUGAUGCUGGGGACCUGCAUGGCCUUCUACGUUGUGAUCGGUGACUUGGGGUCCAACUUCUUUGCUCGGCUCUUUGGGUUUCAGGUGGUCGGCACCUUCCGCAUGUUCCUGCUCUUCGCGGUGUCCCUGUGCAUCGUGCUUCCACUCAGCCUGCAGAGGAACAUGAUGGCCUCCAUCCAGUCCUUCAGCGCCAUGGCUCUCAUGUUCUAUACUGUGUUCAUGCUUGUGAUCGUGCUGUCCUCCCUCAAGCACGGCCUGUUCGGUGGUCAGUGGCUGCAGCGUGUCAGCUACGUGCGCUGGGAGGGUGUCUUCCGCUGUAUCCCCAUCUUCGGCAUGUCCUUCGCCUGCCAGUCUCAGGUUCUGCCCACCUACGACAGCCUGGAUGAGCCGUCGGUGAAAACCAUGAGCUCCAUAUUCGCCUGCUCCCUCAACGUGGUCACCGCCUUCUACGUCACGGUCGGCUGCUUCGGCUACGUGAGCUUCACCGAGGCCACCGCAGGCAACGUUCUGAUGCACUUUCCCUCCAACCUGGUGACGGAGAUGAUGCGAGUGGGCUUCAUGAUGUCCGUGGCCGUGGGCUUCCCCAUGAUGAUCCUGCCGUGUCGGCAGGCCUUGAACACGCUGCUUUUCGAGCAGCAGCAAAAAGAUGGGACCUUUGCUGCUGGAGGCUACAUGCCGCCCCUGCGGUUCAAAGCACUCACCUUCUCAGUCGUGUUUGGAACCAUGGUGGGUGGAAUCAUGAUCCCCAACGUGGAGACGAUCCUGGGCCUCACGGGCGCGAUGAUGGGAAGUCUCAUCUGCUUCGUCUGCCCGGCUCUGAUCUAUAAGAAAAUCCACAAGAACACCCUUUCCUCCCAGCUGGUGUUCUGGGUUGGCCUGGGCGUCCUGGUGGUCGGCACACACACUACCCUGUCCGUGAGCGAGGACGCCCCCGUGGACUUGGCCGAGGACGCCCCGGCCGGCCGGCUUGAAGAGGCCGAGGGCAUCGUAAAGGCAGAGGCGGCUCGGCUCCCAGGUACGCAACGUCCAGGCCCGAAUCCAGUCGGGGACGCCGCCGCGGACGGCCGAGAUAAGCCGAAGCUGCCCACUGAGAAAGAUGAGAUGGAGCAGGCCCAGAUUAAGGGCCCCGUGGACGCGCCCCGGAGGGAAGGUGCCAAGGAGAAGCAGGAGGCGGCACAGCUGGACCGGCCCGGCCGAGGUGUGGCAGCACCAGUGGGCGAGGCCCACCGCCACGAGCCCCCUGUCCCGCACGACAAGGUGGUAGUGGACGAAGGUGAAGACCGAGAAGAGCCCGCAGAGAAUGAGCGUCCGUCCAAGCACCUGGAGGAACAGGCUCCGGGGGGCAAGGCUCAGAUGGCACUGCCUCUGUCAUACUCGGAAAGAGAGAGACCCAGACAGGACCAGGUCUUAGAGGUAGCAGGGGGUCUCCCUGAAGAUCCCUGGAAGGUUCCAGAAGGAAAUGGCCAGCCAGCCAUCGAGCCCGUGGAGGAGGACCAGGGGCCAGGCGACAGGGGUCUGCAGCCAGGACCCCAGGCAGGGCCACCUGGGGGGCAGGACGCCCCAGCAGCCGGUGCGGCGGAGAGAGCUGGCGGGGUCCCGCUGCCGGGCCGGGCUGCAGGCGCUGCGGGCGAGCUGGCGGACAGGAGUGAGCCCGGUGGGAAGGUCGCCCUCCCGGUGAAGCUGGUCCCCGAGGCCGGGCCGCAGGCAGAGCCGCAGGAGCAGAGGGACGCGGAGGGCCAGGCCGGCGGCAAGCUGGAGGACAAUUCUCACGGUUUCCUACUCUGCCUUUCUUCCGUGCGCCUCUCAAUGGGACGAGCAGCCGAAAUCAAACAGAUAGUAGCAGAAGCCGGCCGGGCGGAGAUGCUGGACCACGCGGUCCUCCUGCAGGUGAUCAAGGAGCAGCAGGUGCAGCAGAAGCGGCUCCUAGACCAGCAGGAGAAGCUGCUCGCGGUGAUCGAGGAGCAGCACAAGGAGAUACACCAGCAGAGGCAGGACGGCGAGGACGCCGAAGCACAGCCAGAGCCUGGGGUGCCGGCACCCAAAGGGAAGGAGCAGGAGACCCAGGAGGGGCAGACCGUGGACCGUCCCCCGCAGCAGCCUGUGGAUCCUGCACUUGGAGCCCCCGGGCGUCUCCCCGCUCCACCCCAGGGCCACGGCCAAGGUGCCUUGGAGGAGCCCAAGGCGGAGCCCGAGGCGGCUGUAGGCAGAGCUCCAGCGGGUCCUCCUGGCGUUGCCGACAUGGAGCCCCAGGUGGCCCAGGCUGAGCCGAGGGAAGGCCAGCAGGGCGCUGUGGCCCAGGCAGCUGGCGCUGGCAUGCCGGAGCGGGUACCCAUGCCGGACCCUGCCGAGGGGCCCAAGAGCCCAGAGAAGCCCGUUGCUGGUGAGCUGCCCGAACAGGACACUUUCGGCAGAAGCUCCCACGAAAGGAAGAAAUCUCGAAAAGAGGUGGCCUCCAAUGCCAGUGCUCAGGAAGCGAAUGUGCCGGGGGCGAGGGAGAAUGGCGACCCUCAUGUGAGGUCCCAGCCGGUGAGCCGAGGCCGGGGACCUGCAGGCCUGUCCAGCAGGUCAGGAGGAGCAGCCCCCGGGGCCCAGGCCGAGAUUCGGCAGCUGGAACACCGGGCCGUUUCUGUUGGGACUCAGGGUGGGCAGCAGGGUGCUCACCUGGAGGCCAGAAAGGAGGCCAUCGCCAGGGACCGUGCGCUUGCUCUGGGGGAGGACACUGCCGUCCAGGAGCCGGAGCGGAGGCAGGACCCUGAUCCGGGGCCCAUCCCUGGGGCUCAGAAGCUAGACCGUGCCAAAGCCAACCGAGACCUCAAAGUCCAGGCCGGUUCUGACCUUAGGAGGAGACGGCGGGAUGUGGCUCCUGGGGCAGGGGGGGACCCGGCCCCAAGGGACAGGGUCAUCAUCAGCUUUAACCCUCUCCCGGACGUGCAGGUCAAUGACCUCCGUCGUGCGCUGGAGACCCAGCUACACCAGGCCGCGGGGGGUGCCUUGUGGGUAGUCCACGGCCGCCAGGUAAAGCAGCUGGUGGGGGCCCCAGAGGAACCCUGAGCGGCUACCAGCCGCUGCUGUCCUCCCAGUUGGUGGGUCUCAGCCAGCCAUGCCGAGGCCAUGUGGGUGCAGAGUCAGAGUCAUGCUGUGGCUGGGGGUCUGAGCGGCCUGUCACCGCGGCCUCGCUGUCCAGGCGGCCUGUGCCUUCUCCAUCCCGCAUCUUCAGCUUGUCCGAGUGACCGAGCUCGGCAGGACCCAGAAGACGCAGCGGCCGGCUGGGGAGCGCGGGCGGCCCUGGUGUGGACACGGGCCGCUGUGAGAACCCGCUGCACGCCAGGCUCCCGCUUUCUCCAAACAGUCGUCGCAAACGAGAUGUUGCGAGGGUUGCAGAGAACCGUGACGAGCUCGGCCCCCGCACAGCUCCUCGCCGGACGCAGCUUCGUGGCUACGGGCGUCUCGAGGGUCAGAGCCGCCCGCCUGCGUGCCUGCCUCGGCCCCCGUCACAGCCCCUCUGCUCUCCGCGCUCCUUCUGCUUUUCUAAACCAUAAAGUUGUUUACAAAUUAGAAA